GCGGGCGCUGUUCCGCAUCCACCAGAAGAUUCUCGGCUCGGACCGGGUGCGGCAGCUGCGUCUGCGCGCCGAGCGGCUGCUGCCACCUGUCGCGCUGGCGCUGGCGGCCUGCUGGGCCUCGCUGCAUGCGGAGAGUACGUCGGCCACGCGCGCUGCCUGCCCGAGGCGCUGCGCCACGCCGGCCUGUGGAACGCCACCAGUGGAGCCGCCGAGCUCGCGGAGGAUGCGCUGCUGGGGCUGUUUCUCGUGGACGGCGAUGCCGUCCUGGGGCUGCGGAUGCGCAGCGGGCCGCCGCCUGGCGUCGAGAAUGCCACGGCCGCGGCUGGCACCGCUGCGCAGGCGGGCGCGCGGGGCGGCGUCUGGGUGGAUGCGGACAGCACCGUCUCGUGGUACAAGUUCGCCUUUGACCGCGAGGUGAUCCUGCUCCGCCCGAAGGUUUUCGAGACGCACAGCUUCAGCAUGUACAACGUGACGGUCUCGGAGAGGUGUCUGGUGCCGUCCCCCUUGCUCGGCGAGGCUUUCCGGCUGUUCGGCGGCUACGACACCAUCGUUAUCAACGAGUUGGCGUACACCUUCAGGUCGCGCGGCUACCUGAAGCGGGCUGAUCCUCUUGGCGGCGGCGACAUCGAGUCGUGGGCCUGGUCGGAGGAGCAGGUGGAGGACGACGGGGGCCCCGCGGAGAGCCGGUCGGUGGCUGCGGCCCUGGCGCGGAAGCUGGCCCUCGUCGGCAAGGCGUCGCUGGCCUUCCUGCUGCGUGUCCGCCAUCACCGGCUUCUUCAUCCGCAUCGCCGUCAACGGCUCCGCGGUCAUCAUGUUCCCGGUGGCCAUGGCCGUCCACGCGCUGGGAACCGUUCCUGGCCGCGCGCCGCUCGGGGUGCUGACGCGCAGCUUCCCGUGGAUCGGGGUGCACGUGGAGGUGCUGCGGCGGGCUGGGCACCCCACGUGGCCGCUGUUCCGGGCGCACCUCGCCUUCCUGCUCCUGCAGUCGUUCGCCUACCUGUCCUGCAACUUGGAUGGGGGGCGUGGAAGUUCAUCCUGUACCGCAAGUCCUCGCCGGACGGCUUCGAGGAGCGGGUGUUCAGCUUCUGCUGCGCGCUGGAGCUCUUCAACCUGAUCUUCGUGCGCACCGCGAGCAGCGCCAGGGUCUUCCCGAGGCUGGCCUGGGCGUGCAUGGUCUACUUCCACUUCUACAUGCCGCGCUUGUACCCUUUCCAUUGGAUGGCGCUCGCGACCUGCGCGACCACUAUGACCUACGUCAUGGUGUACUGCGUUAACAAUUUCGAGGAGCCCGCGCUCCGUGGGGACCCUUUCGACCACUCCACGCCCACAGCGGUCCACCCGCGGGCGCUGUACGUCCCGCAGCUGUCGCCCUCCUGGGCACUGGAGGCCGCGCCGCUGUGGACGAUGUUCUACCCUCCCGAGCCGCCGUCGUCAUUCCCGCCAGAGGCCAUGCGGUACAUCUCGGAGGCCUUCCUGCGCAGUGUCGCUGCCGCAUGCGCGGCCUGGUCGGGCUCAUCCCUAUGCGGACCUCCUGGGACGCCGCACCCGUUCCACGGCAUCGGACCGCUGCUGUUGCUGGAUGCGCUGCUGGAGCGGGCCCUCUGGUUCGCUGGUGUGGCCCCAUCGCUAAGCUCGGACGUGCUGCUGGUACAUGUGCUCGAGGCCCCAGGGCACGACUGCCCCGUCCUGGACCGCCGCUUCCCGCCGAGACCCGCGGAGCUGCUGCGCCCCCUUCUGGUGCCAGAGCCUCGGUGCUCCCCGAUCCACGGUGAGUUGGUCGCCCGCGGCUGCGUGCACCAGGCCAGGCACGGCUUCGAGCGGCCAGGAUGGUUCGAGCCCGCCGGCGGCGACCAGGCGCCCAGGCCCUACGACUACUACGGCGCCUACGCCGAGGGCGCCUGGCGGCUGGGCGAUCCGGGCCAGCCCGACGUGCCUUCCAACGAGCAGCACCGUUAUUUGGACCUCGUGGAGAGCAACCUGACGUUCGGUUGGCCUGGCACCGAUCCCGUCGUCAAGGAGGAGUGCCGCGCGGCGCGCGAGGGGGUGGCGAUCUUCGACCAGUCCUACUUCGGCAAGUUCUUCGUCCGCGGGCCGGAGGCCGACGCGGCUAUGCAGUACCUCUGUGGUGCGGACUUGGAGGGGAAGGCGGUCGGCUCCGUGACCUACACGCCCCUCUGCAACGCUCGGGGCGGCGUCGAGGCCGACCUCACGGUGACCCGCCUGGACGGGGUCGGCCACGGGGGCAGCUUGUGGUACAUUGCUGCUGGAGGUAACACGGUGACCAAGGAUCUGGAGUGGAUCAAGAGGGUCUUCGACGAGCGUGGCUUCAACGCAGUGGUGGAGGACCGCAGCGAGUCCAUGGCCAUGAUCUCGGUGCAGGGCCCGCACAGCCGCGCCCUGCUCCAGCCGCUGGUCACCUCGGGCCACUCCUUGGGCGACGACGGCCUCGCCUUCUCGGCGUGCAAGGAGAUCGAGAUCGCUGGCCACAGGGUUAUGUGCCUGCGCCUGACCUUCGUGGGCGAGCUGGGCUUCGAGCUGCACGUGCCCUCCGAGAACGCCGUCGCCGUCUACCGGGCGGUGCGCGAGGCCGGGGAUCUGUAUUCCCAGACACUGGGCGUGCCCGUCCGCGACGCCGGCUACCGCGCGAUCGACAGCCUCUCGGCCGAGAAGAAUUUCAGGCAUUGGCAUGCCGACCUCUGCAACGUGGACACCCCGAUGGAAGCGGGCAUUGGCUUCACG